AUGGUUAUUGUGGCACGGUCAGAAACUGAUCGGAUAUUUCCUGUGCAAUUCCGACCGGAAUCCGGCGGCAAGGAACCUGCUGGAAUCGGCGAAAACUGUGCCGCAAUCGAGAAGAGCUGUACCGGAACCGACUCAGAUUUCAACGGAUCCAGUCGCCGGAAUGAUCGACCUGGUGCAGCAAAAUUAUUUGGUGUAAAAGCUGGUUCUCAAGCUUCUGCAUUAUCAUCAACAUCAUCGAAAAGUUCCAGUAACAAAGCAAAACCAAGACCAUGUCUGAUUUGGCGAACUUCGCCUUUUGUACAGGUUUUAGUCAUGUCUCGAUUCGAUGGUGUUGAUGUUACCGAUGUUAAUAAUCAUUUUAUGGAUCAUUUACCACGUGAUUAUGUUUUAAAACGACUUAUAGCUGUGCAUGAUAAAGAACCAUUAGGUAAUAGAAGGACAAUAAAGGCUGCGGGAAAAGAAACUCCAUUAAUAACCAUUAACACAUAUUUGGUAUUAAUACCUACUAUGGAUGAAGAUACACGUCCAUAUAAACAAUCUAAUGAAUAUUUUCCUACAGAAGAAUUACAAUACAUUUAUUCAAUUCUUCUUCAAAUUCAUAAUGAAGAAAAUGAAGAACAAAUGAGAAUGCUGCAACAAUCACAUCCUUUACCAGCAUACAAUAGUAAUGAUGAUGUUAACAAAGAUGAAGAUAGAUCUUCUUCAAACUCAUCUUUACCAAUACCAAGACGGCAAAUACAUUUCGUGGAAAUCGAUGUAAAUAAAUAUAAUUAUAUUAAACAAUGGUUAAAUGAUUGUACAUUUGAUACUAAUGAUGAUGAUAUGAUGUCAUUAGAAAACCUUCAACAAAUAACAUACAACACUGAAGAUGAUCUUCAACAAGAUAUUCAAGCUUUUCAAUCAACAGGUGCAGGAGAAAUAGUGACAUAUUCAGUUGGUCUUGAUGUAUCUGUAGCUGGUUUUGCAUCAAAUCCAAUUGAAUAUGAAAAAUUCACAAGUGGUGCACCUGGUCAAGAAGGACACAAAUAUGGUCUUGGACCUGAUGUUGGUAUUGACGCACCUAAUGUUGCAAGAAAAAGUAACUAA